AUGGCCCGUCAGCGAAAAUCAGCAGCAAAAUGUCCCUACCGAGCGUCGAAGGACCUGGAAUACGAGAAUAGGAUACAGGCAGCGAUAGAGGGCUAUAAACGGGGGCUCUACAAGUCAUAUGCAGAGGCUGCGAGGUUAAACAACGUUGCCCGUCAAACACUUCACAAUCGAGCGAAAGGAGUGCACAAGACAUACCAACAAGGUCAAGAAAAGAAACAGCUCCUAUCUGCAGCGGAAGAAUCGGUUCUGCUCGAUUGGACACAACACUAUGGCACCAUGGCCAACCCCAUGUGUCCCAAGAAGCUUUGGUCGUGUAAACUGGACCCGAAGAGAGCGAAGAACUUCAACUGGACAGUAGUGGCUGACUACUUUGCACAGCAAAAACAGUUGAAUGAUAUGUAUGGUGGGAUUCCUCCGGAACAUGACUGGAACAUGGACGAGAAGGGGAUUCAAAUGGGAGGAGGCAGGAAAGGAGACGGGACGAAGUACUUUUAUAAUAGGAAGCAGAAGGAAUCAUACCACAUCUCGGACGACAAUUUGGAGCUUGUUACGGUGAUAGAGUGCAUUAGCGCUGCUGGAGUGUUGAUGAAGCCUGGUUUCGCGUUGAAGGAGGGGCCACUGCCUGAUUUAAGUGAUGUCGAGGGCAUAGGAAGUAUAUCCCGUACAAAAACUGGCUGGACAAACCGUGGAAUAUUUGGAAGGAGUUGGAGUUCGCACACAAGCCACCUUGCAAUAGAAGGCAUCAAAAUCAAUUGUUACAACAUUGUUCCAGAGUAUCUUUCUAUCCGUCAUAUUAUUACACCAGAACUCAUCCGCACGGCCUUCAAGGAGACUGGUAUCUAUCCAUUCAACCUGAAUGUCUUCACGGAGGGGGACUUUGUGCCAAGCCAAGUAACGUCCACAUCUGCUCACUUCCCUGAUAGUUAUCCAAGUGACGUUGACACAAGUGACGAGUCUUUCCAUACGAGCGACGGUAGUAACAAGUCAGACACCGAGUCAGAUAUGAUGCGGGAUGACUCCCCCCCAGGACUGCUUGGUUUGACAGCGCUCCCUGGCCCGACAGUUGAAUUGGACGGAUACCACGACCAAGAACCCUCUCAGGAGUAUAGAGAGAACAACGAUGAACAGGAAGACGAGUCUUCCUGUUCAUCUCCAUUCUAUCCUAUUUUCCUCCACCUCUUUGCUUCUUUGCCUACUCAAGCUUUCUCCCCCACACGAGAGGGUUCAACACUUCCGCCUGAGCUCUUUUCCUGGCCGUGUUUCUCUAAUACUCCACCACCAUCCCCUUUGCAGAUGACUUUGCCGCCACUCCCUCCUGCUGAUCCUUUCCUUGGGCUUGAUGUCUUUCCCUCUCCUACACCAUCUGACCGUGUGGGCACAAAAGCCACCUCUGCUCAAAGAAGGUGCAGCGGAUACAUGACUAGGUCUUCAUCUGCGCAGUCUGUGGGGGCUGUUUUAAAUAAUGGGCAGAAUGUGUCUCCAGAACAAGAUCAACGGUGUUCGCACCCUGAGUUGUUGAUGCAGUUGCAGAGCACUCGGUUGAAAGUCGGGCUCCUUGAGGAUGAAAACACACAGCUGAAAGUGACGUUAGCACAGCUCAAGGCUGAAAGGGAUGCAGCCAAUGCACAUCGCACACUUGCUCGAUGUGAUGCAGAAGACAUACGGAAGCGCUCAGGAAACCAUAGGAAGCCUCGACGAGGCACCACGGAACCAACUGCCCAGUUUCUCACUCAUCCUGAAUUAAAGGCCGUGUUCGAACAGCAGGAGAUUGAGCGGAAGGAGAAAGCCCGCAUAGACACAGAAAAGGAGGCAAAGACUGUGAUGAAAGUCUUUGACAGAUUUUUUGCGUCUUACAAGCGCAAGGAGGACCUCAUUGUCAUAGCCGGUGCUCUUCGUUUACCGAUUGAUGGGACAGUCAAAGCCCUCAUUGAAAGGAUCAAGUCUCACCUUCAAGGACAUAAGGAGUUAGCAAAUAACCCCCGGUUUGCUGGCCUUUUUGGCCGUCGUGUUCAGGCCCCUGAGGGUUCUAGUCACUCUGGACAAUCAUCCCAAUCACCCUUAUAUUCUAGUGUCAACUCAUCUACUGCGUUUUCCCCCCAGUCUGUCCAGACUCCAUCUUUUUUGGCCACACAAUCACAAUUUCCUGGCCCCACAUUUUACAAUGGUUUCUCUGGCCCAGGCUGUAGUACUCCUGGGCCCUCAUAUAACUUCAAUAUCUCUGAGCAUGUUUUACCUCCCCCAACCGAUGAAAAUGUGGGACUUCGUCAUUUUUUGAGGCUUUCCUCUGCCGAAUUGGUGCUUCAAUCCGGCAUAUGUGACCUUAGCGUUACUUUUUGUUACCUUUGUGAUGUCCGAAUUGUACCUCAAAUACGAACUGACUGGGAACGACAGUAUGGCAGAAAUAGAAAAGCUUUACCUCUGCUGCAGCACUUCAGCAAUAACUUCAGGACUCAGCAGUGUCUUGGCUGGGCUAUUGCUGUUUUUGCCACACGGGCCCUUUUGUCAUCCGACCCGUUCCACUCAUCCGGCACCACUUCCGACAAUGACAAAGCGAUUCUAUUCAUCGUCAAGCACAGUGAGCUCAACAUUAAGGUCAAUAUUAGGUUUAUUCUUAAGGUUUUGGAGCUCGGCACAGUGCGGCAAAGCAUCACAUAUGCAGUUAUUCGGCAAAAUGUGUACAGGCCAGUUUCAACAUUAUGCUUCCACAGCAUCAUCCGUACCUUCCUACUGACCUUCAGCUUCUCCAUUGUUGCCUCAAACCAUCAUGUCUACCAGGAAGACCAGGAAGAGCCUCAAAUCAACAUCAUCCUGUGUCAGGAUGACACUAUUCCAAGGUGGUAUGGCCAGUACUUCAGUAGCUUAACUGGGCAAGAUCAGGCAGGAGCGCAUUGA